AUAGAUAGAUGGCUCAGCGCUGAAUAGAGACAGCAGGGAAUGCCCAGUAAAUGUAGCUGCCGAUAAUUGCACACAUCAGCGGCAGCACUGACAUCAGGAACACAAGCUCAGUGCUGAGGAGAGGAGAAGGCUGGGAACGAGGGGAGAAGAGAGAAGUGCACCAGCACAGGGCUGAGGCUCCGAGAGACAGAAAGAAAGAGUGUGCCGGCUCAGCAGAGCUCAGAGAAGAAGAGUGCGAGGAGGAGGUGUGGAAGUUGUGGCAACUCACACUCUGACACACACUCGCUGGACACAGGUUGGCUUCUGGGCUUCAUAACGAGUGAUGAGCGAGUGAGUGUGACUGUUCACACUGUCCCACACUGUCCUUGUGGCAUCUCUUUCCAUUAGACUUUCCUUCCUGAUUGGUGUGUGUAAGAGACACUCUUUUGGGAGACACUUUUUGGAGCUUCUUGCCUGGCUACUCUGAGAGACAUGGUAGAGUAUGAUCUAGCUAGCAGAGCUUCAGCCCCAGAGCAUGGAGAAGUCAAGUAGUGAGGAGUCCGCUAUCCACCGCAGCCCGUCUGUGGACAGUUGCGACUCGGACUUUGCCCGCGCAUCCAGCACAGGUCGUCCAUUCGGGGGGCGAGGCUUCACCGCUGGAGCUUUCUACGGUUCCACGGGACGCAAACAGAGCGCCACAGACAACAAGGACACCAACAAACAGAGCACUUCCAAAAGCAGCAAAUACGUGGUCUUUUACCUGGAUCUAUCCUUUGUGUUCCUUUUAGAAUUCAAGAAGUGCAACAUGGCUAGCGGCUUCCUGUGCUGCUUGAAGUAUAUGAUGUUCCUCUUCAACCUCAUCUUCUGGUUGUGUGGCUGUGGUCUGCUGGGCGUAGGGAUCUGGUUGGCAGUCUCUCAGGGCAGCUUUGCCACCUUCUCACCCUCCUUCCCCUCCCUCUCCGCUGCCAACCUUGUCAUUGCUAUAGGCGCCAUCGUCAUGGUGACCGGCUUCCUUGGUUGUCUGGGUGCCAUCAAGGAAAACAAGUGCCUGCUCCUCAGUUUCUUCAUUGUCUUGCUGAUUAUUUUGCUGGCCGAGCUGAUUUUGCUCAUCCUCUUCUUCACAUUCUCCGACAAGGUCAGUGAGAAUGCCAAGCAGGAUCUGAAAGACGGCCUGUCUCUGUACUACUCAGAAAACAACGUUGGUCUGAAGAACGCCUGGAAUAUCAUCCAAGCUGAGUGGAAUUGCUGUGGUGUGACUGGGUUUACAGACUGGCACGAGGCUCUGAAAGAGAAGGUGGUACCUGACCGCUGCUGCCAAGAACACUAUCAGGACUGCGGCCGCAACGUCACCAACGAGUUCUGGAAGCGGGGUUGCUUUGAGAAAGUGGAGCAGUGGCUGGAUGAUAACAAGCACCUGCUCGGCACUAUUGCCAUGUGUUUCUUGGUUGUCCAGCUCCUGGGUAUGGCCUUUUCCAUGACAUUGUUUCAUCAGAUCCACAGAACAGGGAAGAAGUACAAUGCCUAGCCAGACUCCAGUACAGACAGAGGCUUAUGGGACUGAUUCUGGAAGAAAUGCUCCUUUACAUCCCCUACAACUUCUAACCUUAUCUCCUGUUCUACCCAAACUACUCUGUACAGACAUCAGCCAUGCGUCCCUUUUCUUCUUCUUUCUCUUCUCUCUCCUGACACCACUCAUCUGCCAAAGAGAAAGAGAGACAGAGAGGAAGGAGUUCAAACUCUUUGGCCAAGAAGCCCCAUACUGGCUGUGUCCCUUUCCCUACUCCUUUAGAACCUUUUUUUGUAUGCUUGGACUAACUAACAAUUGCAGGAAAGAGAAUAUCAUGACAACAAUAAACUGCAUUGCUCUACUAAUGUAUAAUUCCCAUCCUGCAAGGAAAGGAGAAGAUAUAGAAGACUAACCAUGCCAUUUUUUGGGUGGUGUGCUUUUUAAAUUAAAGUUAUUCACAUGUUCAAAUUCCCUCGACAAUGAAAAUGACAUAAGGUUCCAUCACUGUCAUUUCAAUGGACGAUUAUUUCUUUUUUUUCCUCUCUCUCUCUUUUUGUAUCCCAGUCUUUUAAUUAUUGUCGUUAUGCAUCAGAGGAGGGAAAUGUUUCCUGAGUUAGCUGAGUGGGACUCAGGUGGUCAGAGAUGGCCUUGUGUGUUUUAAUUACUCCUAAGCACCGAUUUAUACUGAAUGAUUAGAAAAGGAUGCAAGUAAGUUGGAAAAUUCAAGUGUGGAUUGAGCGUUACAUCAGGAUGUGAGACAACUGUGGAUGUUUCUCCUUUUUUCCCCUAUGCUGACAUACACUGAUACACAGUCAUAAUGCCUUGUCUAAAUUCAGAAAAAUACCAACGUGUUUAAUAAUAAUAUUUAACGUUUUAGAACCAGUGCUGUACAGUUUUUUUUCCUAGUUGUAAUAGUAGUCAAAAAUCGCACAUAACAAGUGAAAGUUGAUUCAUCUUUCACACGUUAACUCCACAUUCAGAGUGAUGAAAAGCAUGCAAAGAGGCAUGUUAACUGAAGCUAAGAAAGCAGCCUCCCUGCACCACUGAUCAUAGGAGGACAAGGGUCAUUCAUUCUUUCUGUUUCUGUAUACCUGAGCUCGUCAUCCAACGUUUUCCCCCAUUCUCAUCAUCUAAUCGUCGUCGUCGCCCCUCCCCAUCAAUUUCAAGGCUAGGAUGUGCCACAGAGGUUAUAGUAGUUUCUAUUUUAACUGACAUUCCUGUUGGUCUUGUAUUCAUACCUUUAGUUUAGAUACCGCUCUAGCAACUAAAUCUGUUCUGUCAUCUCUACCUGCUUCUCCUUAAAGGAGAGUUAAAGAUCAAAGACAGUGCUUUUAGCUUAAGGUUUUGUAGGGUUUAAUUGCUGUUCAGCAAAGCAUCAAUUAUUUUGUCCAGACUGCAAUUGUUGUCUGACAUUCUGGCAAGAAAAGGGUUGUCAGCCAUCUCUUAUCCAGCCGAGGACUCAGAGAACAUGCCCAUCUCCUAAAGUGUCCAAACUUGGAAAUAGUGCAGGUUGUGCUGAAAUCACCACCACUCAUUUAAUCGGGCAUCAGACGAGACACAGAACUGCUGUUUACUAUAGUUUGGGAAAAUUGGUUUUAUACAAUCAGGGACCAGAGGUGGUCAGCAGUUCAGAUCUUCAUCCUAGAUAUGCAGAAGAAUGGACAAAAUUUGUAUUCUGCUUGGGAUGAGUAUGGAACCGCUGUCACUAUGCACUGCUGCUAUGUGAGAUGUUGUUUGAGGUUCUUAAGAGGAUAAGAACGUGAGGAGAAAGAUUAACUAUUGCUAAGAAACAGUGCAGACUCCAACACAAUAACUCCUGCUUGCUCACACCUGGUGGAUAUCCAGAUUGGGAUUGGCAUGGAGCUGAAAUCACUGCAGAUGUAAACCUGCACUAACAGAGGCAAAGGCAAACAGUAACACGCUGUGUCACAAGGUUCCUUUAGCCUCAAGUCACAGUUUUAUAAGAAACAUAAGUUACUUGGAAUUUGUGUGUUUUUAUGCUUCAUAAUAAAAACUGAACUGUUAACAUGCUCAGUCUUUUACAUGGUGGAUUGCUGUUGUCCCCUGAUGUUGGUUUGUGAAGGAGUUAGGAAUAUAAAUCAGCUCUUACUGUAAUUGUACCUCCACAAUAGUGGAUCUUAUCAUAAACACAAAUUAGACUGCAGACCUGCAGUCAGAUUAUUGAAGUCACUUGUAAUGAGGUAUGAUAUGAUCAUGGGAAAAGUAAACAUUGUUGUCACAAGAGGUUUGAAUUUUCUAAAUUUUGAAUUUUAAACGAUUAAAUUUAUCCUUUACUGCCAUCCCACUCUCAGUGUUUUUCCUGCAUAUAAUCUCAGUUAUAACUAUGGAAUACGAUGCAUGUGUUUAAUGACAUGAUGUUGCUUAUCUUUAUCUUUGGUUUGCUUUAAAGUGUCAGAAAAGCUUUCUGCAAUAUCUAACUGCACAAGGGGAAACAAAAUGCAUUACUUUAAAGCAAGGGUUAUCUCAUGUUUUGCAUUCAUGCAUUUGUUUGUAUAUUGGUUGUCAUUUUUGUCUGUUUUUAUUCCAUAUACCGUUUCAUUAUUUUGUUCUGUCCUAUAUUAGUUUUCUUUUAAAUCCGAGUUCAGCAAUAUGUGAAGACGAUUGGCAUAAUUUUAAUUUCGAAAAGGCGUCUAUUCAAUUGCCUUAAUGUCAGGUCUGUAGAAUGAAUUUCUAUUGGGUUUUCACUUUGGGGCAUACUUAUGAUGGGCUAAUCCUUGCUGCGCAUACAAAAAGUGUUGAAAAGUUCUGCAAGUUUUGACAUUUAUGAGUGUACAAUAUGAUUUGAAGCCAAUAUACCCAUUAUAAUAUUUUCCAGACGAUGUCUCUACUGAGCUGUUCUUCACACUGUGCUAAGCUCAAUAUGUAGUUAAUUCAUCAUCUGAUAUCAUUCUGAUUAUUACUAGCCUAACACAGAGACAUACUACACAAAGAGUUUGGCUUUUCUGAUUGUACAUUUUGCUAAAUCAUUUUCACAAAUGCCAUUGAAUCUAAUUUUAUCUCCAUUUCUCUGUUGUUUGACUUCUAUUAGCUUUUGUUUUUUUUAACUUGUCAUUUUGAGAGCAUUAGGUAACUGUUUUGUUCAUGUUGCUGUUUGUAUUCAUAUGUGCAAGAAGCAUUAUAUCAACAGUUCUAAAUAAUCCUUAUAUAACUUAUCCACAUGUUCCACUCUUUCUUUGAAGCACUGCCAGUAAAUGACUAAUUUGGUUAGAAAUAAGGGAUUUGGACAACUCAUUUCUAUAUUUUUGUAUUAAUGUCCCGACCCAGUGCUAGGCUAUGUAUCAGAGUUGAAGUUUAAGCUCCUGAGUGAGGUGUUUAAUGUCAUGGUGUCUUGGCACAUCUAAUUUCAUGCCAACCCAAUUUUGUCCUGUGGAGUUUUUGCUACAUGUAAAGCACUAUAGAUAUCUAUGUUAGGUGGUGCACUAAAUGUCAUUCUUUAAAUCUUAGUAUUUUUUAAAUAAAGGAGAGUGUGUCGCAAAA